GUGAGCGAGGGGUAAGUGGCCGCCCCAGUGUGACUGUGACUCAGCUCUGGAUGGGGGUCAUGAAAUAUGAAGUACAGGGGCCCCCCAUUCCCUAUAAAUAGUGAGCCCCUGUGGCAUGUGCCUGAACCCACACACUGUCAGUUUUGGCUGCUGUGCUUGUUGCACUUACCCCUCUGUACACUUUGCCCCAAAUAAAUGGGAGUCCUUAUAAUGGGCAGUCUGGGUAGAUUUGGGGGCCAGCAGUAGACACUAGUCACAGAGGGGUUAAGUGCUUGUUACAUACAGGGAAGUUUGGGCCCCAGAAGAGUAAAGUGAAAGAAUGAGACCGGAUUAGGGCGGAGUCUCUAGUUGGAUCAGUUGAGGAGGGCGGGGCGCUCAGACGUAUGCGCACUUCCUCCUCUGACGAGGCCUAUGCGGGGACUGACUGGAAUAACGUCGUACCGGAACCAGACUGGCCGGUCACGGACACCGAUAUAGUCAGGAACUACUUCUCCCAGCAUUCUCAGCUGCUUCUGUGCAGCCUCCGAACCUCCUGACACAGGUAUGAGGCUUCUCCCUCCGGCUGGAACCCCCCAACAGACCCAGCUGUAAUGUGUGAGUCACAUGGCCUCAGCAGUGGCAGCAGGAGUGUCUGUCUCUCCGCAGGGAUCACUGGACCUGAAUCAGCCCGGAUUUAAAAAAGAGAUUUUGGGAACCAAGCUCGAAGUGAAAUAUCUGUGUUCUGACUGCAAGAAUAUAUUAAGGAGACCCCUCCAAGCCCAGUGUGGCCACCGCUAUUGCUCCCAUUGCCUCCACAAAAUUAUCAGUGCUGGGCCCCAGAAGUGCACCGCGUGUAUCCAGGAAGGUAUUUAUGAGGAUGGAGUCUCCGUGCUGGAGAGUAGCACCGCUUUUCCGGAUAAUGCGGCACGACGAGAGGUCGAGAGUCUUCCCGCCAUUUGCAAGAACAAUGGCUGCAACUGGAGAGGGACCAUCAAAGAGUACGAGGUUGGCCAUGAGGGGAAGUGCCAGUUUAUGUUAGUGCCAUGCCCUGCGUGUAAGGCCCUGAUCCGUGCCACUGACAGGGAAUGGCAUAACGAGAGAGAGUGCCCGGAGCGCAAGCUCAACUGCCGAUACUGCAAGUUGUCCUUCUACUUUCCUGAUAUUAAGGCUCACGAUGAGAUCUGCCCCAAGUUUCCCAUGACGUGUGAAGGCUGCGGGCGCAAGAAGAUCCCCCGGGAGAAGUUUCCAGAUCACGUUAAAACUUGCGGCAGGUGCAAAGUGCCGUGUCGAUAUGGAGCUCUUGGUUGCACCGAGAUGGUGGAGAACGAUAAGUGUCUGGAACAUGAAAACAAAUUCUUGGCCGAGCACUUGGCCAAAGUCUGGGACUUUAUUCAGCGCGGCAAAAAGGAGCAGAACGACUUGUUACUCCAUAUGGGAUCACUGUCCGUGCAGGGCAGCUCCGCUCCAGGGGCCCCGCCCAACGACUCCACCAAGGUCUCCGAUAUACUGAUCAAGUUUGAAACCCUGGAGAAGAAAAAUACAACCUUCGAAAAUAUCGUGAGCGUCCUGAACCGAGAGGUGGAGCGGUCGUCGCAUUUGAAUGAGGAGCUCAACAAACAGCUUCGUGCCUCACAGGAGAAAGUGGAGUCUCUAAACACCAAGGUGCGACAGCUGGAACGCACUUUGGGCCAGAAGGAACUGGUUUUAGCAGAGAUGGAAACUCGGGUGCAGGAGUCGGAAUUCUCCAGCUACGAUGGGGUGUUUAUUUGGAAAAUCACUGAAUUCAACAAAAAAAGACUCGAUGCGACGAACGGACGAUGCCCCGCCAUGUUUUCCCCACCUUUUUACACUAAUAAAUAUGGCUAUAAAAUGUGCCUGCGCAUCUACCUGAAUGGAGACGGGACCGGGCGGGGAACGCACCUAUCACUCUUCUUCGUGGUGAUGAAGGGAAGCCAUGAUGCAUUGCUGCGCUGGCCCUUUAACCAGAAGGUGACGUUGAUGCUGCUGGACCAGAACAAUCGUGAGCAUGUGAUCGACGCCUUCAGACCCGACAUUACAUCUUCCUCUUUCCAGCGGCCGAUCAGUGAAAUGAAUAUCGCCAGCGGGUGUCCGCUCUUCUGCCCACUGUCCAAGUUGGACGCAAAGAACUCUUACAUCCGGGACGACACCAUCUUCAUAAAGGUUAUAGUUGAUCUGACUGGGCUUUAGGGUGGCGGGUGCUACAGUGGCUCCCAGACGUGUCACAUGAUAGGCUUUUGGGCAGGAUUAGUGGAUGUUGCUUCUGGUUCUGUUUAGGGAUGCAUCGAAUCCAGGAUUCGGUUUGGGAUUUGGCCUUUUUCAGCAGGAUUCGGCCGAAUCCUUCUGCCUGGCCGAACCAAAUCCUAAUUUGCAUAUGCAAAUUAGUGGCGGGAGGGAAA